AUGCCAUUACACUACUUUGAAACUACAUCACCUGGUGAUUGGCGAAUAAAGGACAUCUUUGAAGCUAUUCAGAAAAAGUAUCCAGAUAAAGAACGAUCCUACCACGGGCGUGCGACGAAAAAAGAGCUAGAGAACUUGAAAACUCAUCCAAAACAGUCUUUUCGAGAACGCGCACAGAGUUUGUUGGAAGAUUUCAAGAUACCCCCAUCAGAUCAAGAAAGCAUCACAUCAUCUAUCCAGUUAGCGAAUACAAUUGUGAACAAAGCCCAAACUAUAAAUCAAGCUACAAACCAAACCAUCCAGCAAAACGUAUCAGAAAACUCAGUUCAUCCAAGAAAGCUUUUGCGCAGCGAGCUUGAAAAUGUACCCGUAUCCAGUAAUGAUUGCGAAGAUGAUGAUCUUGAUGACCUCUUUCCUUCUGCUACUGAUCAAGACGACAAGGACGACGACUCCAUUGACAGAUUAUUUAAUCCAAAAAAUGAUGCUGAGGCAAACGUUGAUGUUGAUAGUUUACCCACGAUGGUGAGUCCAAAAUUAAACCAAGCAGUUCGCAGCAAGCUUCAAACUAAUGCCAAGUAUGCUGUCAGUGAUAAUGAAUACCAAAUUCUGUUCGCGCAAUAUAAGAAGAAAUGCCUCAGCGAUCUUUCACAACUGGAUGCCAUUUAUCUCGAGCCAAAUUUCUACAAGCUUAUAGCUCUUGAAAACAUUUUGUUCUUGAAGCCUGGCUCCUACUCCACUGACAUGUUGCGCCUUUUUGGAGAAGCAAACCUGAACAAGCUCUACAAACAUUUGUUGAAAACUCAUUACUCUCUCGACACAACUAAACACACAAACCUGCUUAAUAAUCUCAUCGAUGAUAUAUUUGAAAAGGCGUUUUUUGAUUACCAUGAAGUAGAGGCAAAUCUUGAACAAUUAUCACAAAGCAUAAAAGAUACCCAGUGGUUGAAAUACUUCCUCAACGACAUCAAUGACACAUUCCGCCUUCGCUACCCAGAGUCGAAUCCCAACGAGAGGAAGCUCUCUCAGUAUCGUGAAAAUAUCGCCUAUGGUGAGGUGAAAUCGUCUUACUACACAAAUCGCACUCGGGCUCUCAUUCUGGGUAUGUACCGAUUGGUGUAUUUCAGCAAGUCAACGGCAGAUACUCACAAAAUCAAUGCGCCCAUCUUGCUACAAGUCGUGGGAUUGAAAGUCAAUGUGUAUACGCUUGUGCUCAUAUCCCAAAAGUUCUAUGUUACUUUAUUCUUAUUUGAUUUCAUCUUGCCUCAAUGUAAACCAGAAAUCGAAGAUUUUUUACCCAGCAUCAAAAAACUAGUCGCAAUGAAUGAAGCUUUAAUCAAAUGUAGCAACGGAGACAACAAGGCCGAUAGCGAAAUGAUAUGCCCUAGCAAUGAUAUCCCUUUAUUCGAAAGACGAGUUGAAACCAAAAUUGCCAAAGAAGAUUCCGACAGCAUUCAUCUCUGUUAG